AUGCAGCAGCAACAUCAGCAGCAGAGGACGGAGCUCCUGCGCUGCUGCCCAGCAACAUUUACACUGCUGGGUUUACUCCACCUCUGGAGGCGGUGAAAGCUGCUGCUGCUGCUCCUGCUGCUGCUGCUCGGAGUCGCACUGCAGCAGGAAGAGCAGCAACUCGUCACAGCAGUCACGGCAGCAGCACGAAGGAUAAGGAGCAAGUCCACAUCCAGUGGCAGCCGCCAAGCAGCAGCGAGGAGAACAGCCCUGCUGCUGCUGCUGCUGCUACUGCUGCGUUUGCUGCAGCAGUUAGGGAGAUUUCAACACCCUGCACCAGCAGCAGCCCGCCCUCGCUGCAGCACUCCCCUCUGCAGCGGCUGCUGCGGCGCGUGAGGCAGCAGCCAGAUGCUGCUGCAACGGCUGCUGCUGCUGUUGCUGCUGCGAGUGCCGACUCAACUGCAGCCGCAGAGCUUGCUGCUGCCACCACAGCAGCGCAGCACCAGCUGCAGCGGCUGCUGCAGCUGAGGUGUAUGUACACCUCAGCGCUUUGGACACACCAGAGCCUGCGACUUUGCGCAGGCAUGGAUAUUGGUGGAGGGCCUACUGCUUCUGCUAGUGCAGCAGCAGCAGCAGCAGAUGAGAAGUACGGCGGGGGCAAGUCCCCAAGGGGCCCCAGCAGCAGCACGCUGAGGCAGCAGCAGCAGCAGCAGCAGCAGCAGCCUGUGUGGACGGGAGGGCUGACGCCUUAUGCUCUCCCCCUCUUUCUGCAGGAGCGAAGCAGGGAGCUGCAGCAGCUGCAGCAGGAAGCAGCAGCAGCAGGAGCUGCGGUGCCCGUGGAUGAGCCGACCAGGGAGGAGAAGGCGUUGCUGCUGAAGCAGCAGCAGCUGCUGGCGCUCCAGCAGCAGCAGAAGCGGCAGCAGCAGCAGCAGAGUCUGCUGCAGCAAGUGCCGCUGGAGCCGCAUGCACAUCCCGAGGUUGCUGCUGCAGACGAGCCGCAGCAGCAGCAGCCGGAGCUUCCCCCGGACACGCUGCAGCAGCCGCAGCAGCACAUUCUGCUGCAGCAGCAGCUGCUGCACCAGUCGCAGCUCGUGGAUGCUGCUGCUGCUGCUGCUGACAGCCAGACAGAGCGGUGGGCUCAGCGGCAGGCGGAAAACACUGGGCAAACAGACCGGCAGGAGCAGCAGCAGCAGCAGCAGCAGCAGCCCCAGCAGCAGCAGCAGCAGCAGCAGCCCCAGCAGCUGCUGCUGCAGCACACUUGUGGCGAAGCAGUUCAAAGUGACGUGCAGGCACAGCAACGGAAACAGGAGCAGAAGCAGCAGCAGCAGCAGCAGGAGAGACAGGAAACACCCAACGGAUAUAUGCAGCAGCAGCUGCUGCUGCAGGAGCAGCUGCUGCUACAGAAGUGCUCAAUGAGUGAGGAAGCGCAGCAGCAGCCGCAGCAAGAGCAGCAGCAGCAGCAACCGCAUCUUCCAGCUCAGGCUCAGUGGCCUGCAGCUGCCCAGCAGCAGCUAAAGCAGCAGCAGCAGCAGCAUCAUGCGGAAGCUGACCCGCACAGCUCAGCAGAUGUCGAGCAGCUGGCUCAGCAGCAGCAGCAGCAGCAAGAGGAAGGAGAGGCAACCCACAGUUGCGAUGCUGCUACUUUGGCCCCUGGAGCUGUAGGCAGCAGUCAGCAGCAACAGGAGCAGCAGGAGCAGCAGCCAGAGCAGCAGCUGAAGCAGCAGCAGCCCAAGGACCCCACCGGGGCCCGCAGCCCUCCCAGUUCUCCAGAGCAGCAGCAGCAGCAGCAGCAUGAGUCCAGGUUGUAUGCUUCCCCUGUUUUCUGUGGCUACCCGUCUUAUGCAGAUGAGCAGCAGUUUUUCUUGAUGCAGUCUGCUGCACCGGACCCGCAGCAGCAGCUGCUGCUGCAGCACUUGUUAUCGCAGCAGCAGCAGCAGGCCCUAGACCCCCAGCAGCAGCUGCUGCUGCAGCACCUGCUGUCGCAACAGCAGCAACAACUUCUGGAACACCAAACCCACCACCAGCCUAGACUGGCAACAACAGACCUGCAGCAGCAAAUUUUGCAGCAGCAGUUCGCGCUGCAGCAACAGCAGCAGCAGCAGCAGCAACAGCAGGCACAGCUGCAGCAGAAGCAGCUCGCCCUUCAGCAACAGCAGCAGCCGCAGCCGCUGCAGGAACACCAAGUGGCAGCAGCAGCAGGCGAAGCUGAUAGGUCGCAGCAGCAACAGCAGCAGCAACAACAGCAGCAACAGCAACAGCAGCGAGGACAGCAGCAGCAGGCUGCUGCCCUGCGCUUUCCAGCAGCAGCAAUGUCUCCUCAGGUUACUGCUGCCGCUGCAGCAGGAACUCCACCGGCCACCGCAGCAGCAGUGCAGCCGCCAACAGCAGCAACAACAGCGGCAGGUGCCAGCGCAACGCCUGCAGCAGCAGCAGCAGCAGGCAGCAAGCGGGAGCUGCAGCAAAAAGCUCUGCCAGACGGCAGCAGCAGCAGCAGCCCGCGGCGCCCAGCGAAGGCAGCGCGGCGGCGGCAGCAACAGGAGGCAGCAGCCUCAGGGGACGCCGCCGCCGCUGCUGCUGCUGCUGCUGCUGCUGCUGCAGAAGCAAGGGAGCAGCAAGCAGCAGCAGCACAAGAACUCAGGGCCCCUGGCAUUUACUUUAAUUCAAGCGACGGCACUUGGAACGUGCAGUGGAAGACUGCAGACAAUAAGCGCAGGCGCAAGGCAUUCAGUGACAGAGAAGGAGCAGCAGCUGCUCCAGCAGCAACUGUGGCAGCAGCAACAGCAGCAGCAGCAGUCGUUGCUGAUGUCCCCGCUGCAGCAGCAACAGCAGCAACUGUGGCAGCAGCAUCAGCAGCUGGUCAUGGGAGCCCAGCAGCAACAGCAGCCGCAGCAACCGCUACUGCUGCAGCAGGCGUCUUUGUGGGGCCUUAG